AUAUCACUACACUGGUAUCAUCUGGAAAAACUACUCUCAUUGGAACUCAGACAUUUAAUUCUGCUUCUAAAGUAUCAAAUUUGCCUUCAAAUCUGAAGCAAAGUUUUCAAGAAUCAACUACUAACCAAUAUCAAGAAAUUGAACUACCAAUUGAGACAAUUAGCAGUGACGAAGGGAAUGAUGAUGGUGAAGAAACAUCAGAUGUUCUAAACUAUGUGCUAAAUAAUGUGCUUCCUUUAGGGCCUAUAGUUAAGAAUUUGACGGGCCAAACAUCACACGCAGAAACAACAACUUCAAAUAAUAGAAAUAAGUUUGAGUCAUAUAACUUGAUUCAAAAGCCUCCUCUUAAUAUAUCUCAUAACCCUUCUAAUGAAUUUGAAGUAGCCCUGUGGUUAGCACGUCAACCACGAAUUUUAAAUUUAGCUAUUACUCAACAAAAAAUUCAUCAGGAAGAGUACAAAGCACUCUUUCUUAGAACAAAGAAUAAUAUGACCACGCUAUAUGAAGAACUAAUUAUGCAUGUGUAUAAAAUAUCGAAAAGUGAUGACC